AUGCUCUUCCAGAGGCCUCUUUCAUCAUUCUUUGCCACCGGCAUUGGGCUGGUUGCAGGUUCCGCAGCUCUCACCGUUAACGAGAAAGACUUCUCUCACAUUAAUGAGCUUCGCAACCUAGUCCAUCGGGUUGGAAGUGUCGGUUUGCGACUGCCAGGAAGCAAAGUGCACAAUGAGCUGGUCGACUGGAUCAGUGAAAGUCUGCAUGAGAUUCCCGGACUUGAAGUCCAAGGGUCCAAGUAUGAUCUUGACGUUUGGGAGCCCAAGGAAGGAAAGAAUCUGAGUGAAGCCGGAGAUCUGUGCAUCAACUCCAAAGAAAAGUGCCACAAUACCCCAAUUGUUGGCGCUAUUCCAUUCACUCUUCCGACGAAUGGCUCUGCAUUCACCGGCCCUCUGAUAUACAUCCCCUCCAACCAGAGCAUCUCAUCUGUAGAUGUUCGGGGUAAAAUUAUCCUCAGAGACUUUCUCCCUUUACCAGUUCCAUAUGCCUAUUUAUUGAAGGAUACGCAUUAUGUCACGCCAGAUCUUGCUGCCCAGAAAAAUGGUACCUACGAAAGACCAUACCUCUCCACACCAGCUGAUGACCUUAUCGCCGCUGGAGAACGUGGAGCAAAUGGGUUCAUUUCUGCGUUCGACAUCCCUCGCAAGACCCUGAAAGAUUACUACGACCCUCAUUUCGGACAGCAUUACCUAGUCCCAGGCGUAUACCUUGGCUCUGAACAGUACUACAUGCUCCGAAACGCAUCUCAAUCCGGUCAUACAGCCUCCAUUAAAGUUUCUGCAAACACAGGCCGGAAAUACACCCGCGAGCUGUUUGCCACUCUUCCCGGCCGGUCUAACGAAACAAUCAUAAUUGGGUCUCACACGGACGGCGCAACAUGGGUCCAGGAGAACGGAGUUGCAGGACUGCUUGCGCUAGCGAAGUAUUUCGCGUCUCAGCCGAUAAUAUCUCCCGCGCGAGCAAAGACGCUCAAGUUCGCGUUCACGUCGGGACAUCUAACGUACAGCAGAGAUGGAUCGAUCCCGUAUGCAAAAAAACUCGACCAAAAAUACGACGGCGGAAACCUUGCACUUGUAAUUAUCCUCGAGCAUAUGGGAACACGGGAGUUGCUACCCUACCCUGCGCCGAAAGGUCAAUACGGUCGUGUCUUGAACUUUACUGGGAACAGCGAAGCGGCUCUCUGGAGUGUUGGGCCUACCCAGGUAGUCGUUGACGCUGUUAAAGCUGCCGUCAAAGGGCGUAUGCUAGACGGCAUAGGGGUGACGCCGGGUAAUCCCCCGAAGAACACUUCGCAGAUUCCUUACUACACCUCCCAGGGUGGUAUCGGGACCACGUACCAUAACUACCUUAUCCCAACGACCUCCAUCAUCUCCGGCCCGUGGAGUCUGUGGGCACCUUCUUUUGGCGAGGCGGCGAUUGACUUCGCCCGGUUACGUGAUCAGUUGCUGGCUGUUGCUGAUGUGGUGCUUGGUCUAGCGCCGGCUUCGAAGGAAGAGAUUGCUGGGGGAUACACCAAAUACCGGCAGAUGCGUGCUAAUGGUUUCCCGUGGAAGGAGCCUAUGUGGAACUCGCAAUACCUGCCUGGGCCUCGGGGAUGA